GUGAUACGCCGAGUCGGGAGCUCAAUAUCAAGCGAAGUAGAAAAUGGGAUCUCGUUCUCCCGAUCUCUCCUUCGUGCGAGCGAUCGAAGAGGCCGAAGCUUCGGCGCUGAGAUCGCCCAUGGCCAAUGCGGCUGGAUCCGGAUUGAUGGAAGAGAAUACCGGUCUUAAACGAGGAUGUCCAUCAAAAGAAGAUAUAGGAGAUAAAGAGAAUAUUUGUGAAGUUUCACAGGAUACCUUAUAUGUCCCAAAAUUUCGGAAAGAGGUGGCGCUGCAAAUGAAGAAGGCAAAAAGGGUUGGGGGUUGUAACUUGAGAAAAAGCUUGGCUUGGAACCCUGCUUUCCUUACUGAAGAAGGUGUGCUGAACACAUUGGAGUUGUCUGUCCUUAGUGGGUCUCUUGCUGGAUCAAAUGAGAAUGCUAUACUUGAAAUUGAUGGAGAAAUGUCCCCAUCAGUAGGGUUUCAGAAGUCUGGUGAUAAAUCUGUCCUUUGUAGCGUCGAAGAGAGUAAUGGUAGAAAGGUAUAUGCUAAGUCUGGCAUGAAAAAUGUCAAGGAUCAAAAGUUAUUUUCGACCCCAGAAGUUUCAUUUCAGGAAGAGAAACAAGCGCAGAGCUUAAGGAAGAUAAACUCAGGCAGAAGUAUCACCAGAAGUCUACCGCUGUCACCGGCUAUGAAGUCACAAAAGAGCGUUAGAAAUGCAAAUGCUACAAAUUCUGCAUCAAAAAUACCAAAGUUCAUGCCCAUUAAGUUUCAAGCUUCUUCUCUUCCUGUACCUUCCACGAAUACCAGUUCAACUACAAAAUGCUCCUCCAAGCUUAAUCAAUGCAAUGCCUCAGUUAAUGCUGAGAAGAGCUUUGGCACAAAGGGCUUUCCAUCAAACUUGAAGAAGGAGCUUCCAUCAUCUAAACCUUUGGCACAUGAUGUGGUCAAGGAUGUGGAGCCAAAGGUUGGUUCUAAGAUUAUUCCAGAUUCAUUCGAAUCAGUUGAGGUGCAUGGAAGAACUAAUUCAGUUGGUUCUGGUAAAGUAUUUCCAUUGUGUGCACAAUAUGGUCAGCGUGUUUCUGGAGCUCUUCCUCCCCCAGCCCAUGUAAAGCCAUCAGCACUUCGGAUGCCUUCUCCCUCAUUAGGUUUUUUCUCCCAGGGAAAAGUUUCUCCAUUUGGUAAUCAUUCUCAGAGAAACAUUAAAAAUACCUCAUCUGGCAUCCCUCCUCUCAGAAAACCAAUUAGCCUGAAAUUAAUAGAUGACCCCAGAAUUAUACAUGCUUCUGCUGAGCAACAAUCUAAUAAUGCCACUGCUACAACAAAGUCUUGUGCUGGUACUGCAAUUAAUGGAAGCAUACAGAGGUCCUCUGCUGCUAACUUUACUCCCUGUUCUGCUGCAACUGUCAAUAUACAUCCAUCUGUUAGUAAGUCAUCACAAACACAAUUCAUCAGAGCUUCUGAGGGGUACAGUUGCCACUCUAGUGGUGAUGAACUGUCAAAAUCCGGUUACUUAUUAGUGGAUAAUGAUAACAAGGUGCAAUCUCAGUUGCUGGAAAAGAAUGAUAGAGGCAGAGAUGACUAUGAGACUACUAUCAAAGAAACUGAAACUGUGAAGCAAAGUCUGAAAGUUAAUUUCUCACCAAUAACAGAAGCUGAUGGAAAUGAAAUAUCAUCUACCCACAUUUCAUCUGAAUUAUGCUCUUUGAAGGAUUUGUAUGAAGAGAAGUCAAAGCAGCUGGCCGAAGAUGGUUUAGAAAAUAGCUUAACCAAGAAUUCCCCAGUGGAGACUAAAGAGACUGAGGCUUCAAGCAAGGAUAUUCAGUCAGCUAAAAAUUAUGAUUCAAUUAUACGUGUAGGAUCUCAAUCUGGUGCUGGAAAUGUUGAAAUUGCAAGUUCAGUGGAAACAGGGUCAUCUUUGACGUGGAGCAAAGAACAAACAGCUGGUGCUGAUAAUAGAAGUUUGAUGUCAGAUCAUUCUUUAGGUCAAGAAAAAGUUGUGCCUGUAGAGAGUAGUACUUCAGAAGUAAUUCAACCUAAUUUGCCAGAAGAUAGGAACAAUUCAAUCUCCUUGGAGGCUGAAGGAGCAUCAAUGCCAGACAGAGAUACUGAAAUGGACAAGUCAAGAGUGAAGGCUGUUUUGUUAAAGCAUCAAUCGCAUGUAGUGCCGUUCUCAGAUGAAUGGCUUGCUGCUGUUGAAGCCUUCGGGGAGGAAAUUCUGGAACUGAAAACAGGGCCUGUACAAAAUUCGCCAACGGACAAAACUCUUCCAGAACCCAGCCCAUGGUCACCGGUGAAACGCAAAGCGCUGGACAUUGGGCCCUUCGAUUGCACCAAGUAUUCCAAAAACCUUUCAUCCUCCGACACCGCCGAAUAGCAAUCAAACAUACCUGCUGCGGAAUGGAAUCAUUCGGUGGGAUCUGAAUAUAAACUUGUUAUAUGCUCCUCUUCUUUUGUGGUUUUGGUACUCGAUUCAUAACACGUCUAACAAGGGCAACGUAUUAGACCUUGGCGUCUAACUCGGCCAACACAUUAGACCUUGGCAUUUUUAACUGAUUAUGUUGCGGCAACGCAAAAGUAAGAAUGCAAAUCAGAAACGCUUAGAAGAAUAAGAAUCAGGCUUGCCUCUGGAAUUCCAAUGUACUCAUUUCCCUCAGCAAACUAAUUGCAGUUUACGGUAUAGCUGCAGCA